UGAGCUGCCUUGAAGUUGCACGGCUCACGCAUAAGCAUGAGGCUUACAUUGUUCGUCGCCGUAGCAGCCGGAUUUUGCAUCGGAUCGGCCCGUUUCCUCGAAGAUGAAAACAAUGAACAAAACGAACAGAUGUGUACGGAGCCUGAGGAUAUGUACAUACACCACAGAGUACACCAAGAAAACGAGUACCGAGAAAAGUUUCCGGUAGGCACCCGGCUCACGUACCGCUGUGGUUCGGGUUACAUUCCCAGGGAUAUCAAAACCUGGAAUGCGACCUGCCAAGUGAAAGACGACGGGUCUGUGGGCUGGUAUAUCGGCAAACACGACUGCAGACCGGUGUCGUGCGGCCACCCUGGCGACGUCCCCGGGGGCCGGCUUCUGGAUGCAGUGUUCUUGUUCCCGAGGCAAGUGCGGUACCAGUGCAACAAGGGCUACCGGAUGGUCGGCGAAGCCAACCUGUACUGCCAGAGCGACGGCACCUGGAACAGGGCCAAGCCCGAGUGUCACAUCGUGGAUUGCGGACCUCUGGAUGGCAUGGCCAACGGCGCUGUUCGACUGCUGGGCACCCAAUACGGCUCAAAGGCCGAGUUCACAUGCAACGAAGGCUUCAAACUGACGGGAACAAACACGCGGACUUGCGAAGCUGACGGGCAGUGGAGCGACGAAUCUCCGCGUUGCGAAGAGAUCUGGUGUCCAGCUCCGGAUCCUCCAGAAGGUAACGGCUCAACUAGCCUCGGGCCCAACCCCGGGACUCAGCGCAGUGGCAUAAGGCUGCGGUACUUUUGCCCCGAGAAGACCGUCCUGCAGGGCUCCGACAUAAACGUAUGCCGAGAAACUGGCUCCUGGCUCUUCGACAGACCGACGUGCACGCGAAACUGCGUCGUACAGGCUGACCCCAGUGCUGCUGUACUGCGCCGGCCCGACAACUGGUCAAAUAGAAUGGAAGAAGUGAUGCCUGGAGCUGAAGUUACUGUAUCGGACAGCAACCUACACGUUGUGUGCAGAGAAGGGUAUGAGUUUGUCGACACAAAAAUGCGGCACGACCCUCAACUACACUCACUCCGCUGCCGAGAUGGCGCGUGGUAUCCACCGAGCCCUUGGUGCAGAGAAAAACCUUGCCGAAAUUUACAUGUACCAGGUGGGGAGCCCGAAUUCUUGGAGGUGUCGCAUAAUGAGAUGGUGAAUUUCACGUGCAAGAAGAAUUACCAACUUCAGAGGGUACCGAACCGAUCAUAUCCCGUCUGCCGUUUCGGAAAGGUCGACGGCCCUCUGCCUACUUGCAAACCAGUUGGCUGUCGCUUCGAAGACCUUCUUAAUCGCGUGAAGGGCGGUAAUCCACGGCCACAUCAGGAUGUUUCACAUGGCUCGCUUGCAGUUUAUGAAUGUGAAACGCCCUUUGUACUGGAGGAUGGAGGAGAUCUGCGCUGCUAUUUCGGAACGUGGACAGGCCAGCCGCCGAAAUGCGUUGCGCGGAGACAAUGUAUUGUGCCCUAUAAUUCCGACUCAACAGUCCUACAAGGUUGGUGGUUGACACGUGGUAGGAUUCAGAGCGAAUUGAAUCCAGGAACAAGCGUCAGAAAUGGCGACAGCUACCUUAACGUGAAAUGUAAAACCGGAUAUCACUUCAGGGAUGAAUCUCUUCGAGGAAGGAGUCAAACAAAACUGUACUGCAAUGGGGGCCAGUGGAGCCCUACAGCACCUUGGUGUACCAAAAUUCAUCCGAAUGAAGCACCAAGAGACUGCAAAUUUCCAUAUAGAGUGAAUCGCUUCCAGGCGCACAAUGACCACGUGCGCAUACUAGCCGGAAAUAGCGUCCCUCAUGGAACUAAACUGAUAUUUCAUUGCGAACCUGUCGGGGAAGUGCUUCUUAGGGGAUCAUCCAUUUCCCAGUGCCAUGAUGGCCAGUGGAUUCCAGAAGUGCCUUACUGUUACGGCACAGAAUCCAGAUUGUGGAAUGGCAUUUCCAUGCGCUUCUUGACGGAGAACUACACAGUUCCUGGCGGUGUAGUGUACUUGGAACCCAAUUCAGACGUGGUGUUGGACUGUUGGAGUCGUGAGCCUGUAGAAAUCCGGCUGAACACGAUCGAGAAGGCGCACAUUGAUAGAACAUGCUUGCAAGGGGGAUGCACUGCGAGAGCAAAGUUCAGACUCAGAUACAACGAGCGGGCAAUUGUUACAUGCGAGAAGUCCUACGAGAGGACAUCCUCCUGGUCAAUCCCCGUGCGUGGUCACCAUCUCUACAGAUGUCCGGAUAUCCCAUCAGCGCCAUAUCGUGUAUGGAAGAAAAACAGCAGAGGACACGCCGUCCAAUUCGAUUGCGAAAACGGGUACAUUCGACAAGGUAAAUCUACAGUCCACUGCCUUGGUCAAGGUAUAUGGAGCGAUCCUUUUCCUACCUGCGAACUUCCCACCGAAACAUCGAGCGUCCGUUCCAUCGCGUACAAGGAAGCUGACACGGCGAAGCAGAUGGAAUCGGCGCCUGCUGUGCCUGCUGUGCCGGGUGUUACUGUGUGCCCUCCGAUACCGACAGUGCGACAUCUAGAGAAGAGGGAAGUAAUGAGUGGAUCCUACGAGUUAUAUUGUCAAGAAGGGUACCGUCUACAAGGAAAAUCUUUAGUUCGCUGCCUCGCCAAUGGUACGUGGAGCGAUGAUUUUCCCACAUGUGUACCCCGCACCGAACCCUUGAGCGCCCCUGCCGCCAUGUCCGAGGAUGAUGACACAGCGAAGAAGACAGAAGCUACGACACCUGCUGCGAAGGAAAACCAGGUGGCCAAAUGUACACUUCCAACAAGUUUAACCGGAAAGUUUCACCGCAAGGACGAAAAGGGCAACUAUCUAAAGAUUGACCAGGACAAGACAUUUGACCACGAAGCUGUCGUCUACAUCUUCUGCGACAAAGGCAAUCAAUAUGAGUGGUGGCAGUGUCAUCUUGGAGAGUGGAGCCACGAACAAGUUUGUAAAGGCAGCUAUCAAUUAGCUCCUGAUGGCACGACGCACGACAGACAACAAGGCACGGCAUCCAAACCCGGAGGAUAUGUAGCGGUUAAGCCUGCGCAACAUUCGCAUACGUCGACUACGAGUGAAGCUCCACAUCUGAGACCAAGUGAUGACUAUAACGAUAAUCGCGCGGCAGCAGUGCACGAUGUGAGUAGUUCUCACCAGUUCACCGGAGGUCACAGGAGAAAUGUGAAUGUUUCCGCAGAAUCUGUCCCAAAGCUUCAACAAAAGGGUGAGACGUCACGCAGGGGGCCUGCCUUGAUAUCUCGAAAUGAGCCAUCCAGGUCAGGAACUUGUACUCAUCCCACUGCCUCAGGCUACUGCAGCGAUCCUGGUGACCGAGGAGGACCAACACUGAAAGGCAUAGGGGUUGGUUCUGUUGACACCGCUGCCGGCGUCGCCCAUGAACUACGCCCGACAGGCCCGAACAGUCGCAAGGAAAGCGCUAUUGACGCCUACUCAAAUGCUAACUCAAAUUUCGGCACAAGUUAUUCGAAACAGUCACCUGAUUUCCCGCGACAGGAGGAGAAACCGAAGUUGCCACCGCAAUUUGACGUCUUUUCAUCGGCCACUGACCGGACUAUCAUUAACAGUUCAGCAGAUGUUGCGGCGGAAACACCGCGGCCUGAAGGCUCCAGCGAGUCUUCGUCAAUUGCAGCGCCAAACGGGUGCCAACUGGAACAGUUUUACACGUUCGCGCCCUUUGGUCUGGCCAUUGUGAUCAACGAUGGUGCGUCCAUGGUACCAUCGAACAGCACGUUUUGGGCUUUUUGCGAUGGCGAUGGGUACACCUUGGUUGGAAACAGCAGUGCGGUAACUUGCCUCCAGACUGGCUCCUGGUCCAUUCCACCGCAACUGACAUGCAUCGAAGGAUGCGUCGACUUUGACACCGGACCCAAGGGGCCAACAGUGAUGGAACGCAAAGACGCUUACGAGCUCGGCGACAGCAUCACGCUCUCCUGCGCCCCUGGGACUCAGCUGCAGCCCCACGUCGAGAGGAUUACUUGCCUUGGCCGCAGCUGGUCCGAGCCUGCGGUGCCAAUAUGUGUUCCUGUAAAGGAGAAGCGCGAGCCCAAAAAUCAAGCAGAGAAGAAACGUAGACGAAGCGGGUGAUAUUUCGGCCCGGAAUUAUAUGCACAGAUUACGUCAUUAAAUAUUCAUUAGUAACAAGAGAUCUUGCUACGAAGAAAUGAGCAAGCGUGAGUUAGGUUUGAUUAAAAUGAAAUAAACACAAGUUCUGUCUUCGUUGAA